GAUGACCUGGCGACUUGUCCAGGGUGUACCCCGCCUUUCGCCCGUAGUCAGCUGGGAUAGGCUCCAGCUCGCCCGCGACCCUGUAGAACAGGAUAAAGCGGCUAGAGAUAAUGAGAUGAGAAUGAGAAGUGACAUGAGGAGAAACUUUGAAUCAAGGCGCGACCAUGUGACAAAUCGGCACCAAGUGGAGAUGAGGUGAAGGUCGGAUCCCGCUGCGCCGUAAUCAAACAGCAUUGUGGGUAAUGUAGAAGACGUUUAUUAAUGAAUCGGAGUGACUCACAUUCCGGAAGAUUGAGUGGAAUAUGACGACGCGGUUGUUCUCCGGCUCUCUGAGACGCGAGCUGGCGGGAUGUUGCUCUGUGGCCGCGCUGCGCUCCCGUCUUCCUGUCCUCACGUGGCUGCCGGUGUACAGUCUGACGUGGCUGAAGAUGGACGUGCUGGCGGGACUCACCGUGGGCCUGACCACCAUCCCUCAGGCUCUGGCCUACGCCGAGGUGGCCGGCUUACCUGUGCAGUAUGGUCUGUACUCGUCCUUCAUGGGCGGUUUUGUUUACUGUGUGUUCGGGACGUCAAAGGACAUCACCCUGGGCCCGACAGCCAUCAUGUCUCUGCUGUGUUCGCUGUACGUCCGAGGAGACCCGGUGUACGCCGUGGUGCUGACGCUGCUGUGCGGAAUCCUCCAGCUCGCCAUGGCUUUACUCCGACUCGGUUUCCUGUUGGAUUUUAUUUCCUAUCCUGUUAUAAAGGGCUUCACCUGUGCAGCGGCUGUGACCAUCGGCUUCGGACAGGUCAAAAACAUUCUGGGUGUGAAGGACGUCCCUCAGCAGUUUUUUCUGCAGGUUUACUACACUUUCCAGAAACUACCUGAGGCCAGGGUUGGAGACGUGGCUCUGGGUCUGUCCUGUCUGUUUUUCCUGGUGAUGUUGACGAUGAUGAAGAGUUCUCUGGGCUCUGUUGGAGAUAACCCGUCUCCCGUAGUGACGCUGUCUCGGGGUUUGGUGUGGACACUCGCGACUGUCCGAAACGCUCUGGUCGUCAUAGCAGCAACAUGCGUGGCGUAUUCUGCUGAGGUCACAGGUCACAAUUUCUUCACCCUCACGGGGAAAACAGUUGCAGGACUGCCCCCUUUCUCAGCCCCGCCCCUCUCUGAGAUGACAGCCAAUGGCACGCACGUAUCAUUCAGUCAGAUUAUACAGGAUCUGGGAGGUGGUUUAGCUGUUAUACCUCUGAUGGGUGUGCUGGAGAGCAUCGCUAUUGCUAAAGCGUUUGGAAGUAAGAAUAAUUACCGCAUCAAUGCUAACCAGGAACUUUUUGCCAUCGGACUCAACAACAUCUUGGGUUCAUUUGUCUCUGCGUAUCCCGUCACAGGCAGCUUCGGGAGAACUGCUGUAAACUCUCAGACUGGAGUGUGUACACCUGCGGGAGGUAUAGUCACAGGUGUACUUGUGCUCCUGUCUCUGGCCUUCCUCAUGCCACUCUUCUCCUUCAUCCCCAAAGCAUCUCUGGCGGCCGUCAUCAUCUGCGCCGUUGGUCCGAUGGUUGAAUUCAGCGUUCCUCCACACAUCUGGAGAGUCAGAAGGCUGGACCUGCUGCCGUUCUCCGUCACCUUCCUGCUCUGUUUCUGGGAGGUGCAGUAUGGAAUUGUAGGAGGUGUAGCCAUCUCAGGAUUCAUGCUGCUCUAUCUGAUGGCCAGACCUGAAGUGAAGGUAACGGAUCACGGCGUGCUGGUGAUAGAGUUGGGAAGCGGACUCCAUUUUCCUGCUAUAGAGCACUUCUGUGACGUCUUGCGUGCACACGCACUACACGCAUCUCCUCCUCGUCGCUGUGUUCUGUUGGACUGCCAGCAUGUCAGUAGUAUCGACUACACCGUGGUGAACGAGUUACGAGAUCUCUUGAAGCAGUUUAAUCUGCACAGCGUCUCUCUGGUCUUCUCAGGACUGAAGCGCUCGGUGUUGGAGGUUUUAUUAGCAGCUGAUCUUCCAGGCUUCAGACACACAGACAGCGUGGAGGCGGGACUGCAGAUCCUGAUCACUCCAACGAUGAUCGACGCCCCUCUCUUCUCCUCCAAUAAGCAGCGAGACCAGUGACUCGUUACACGGAUCAGUGAAUACCUCAUGAGCGAACUAACAAUUCCGUAAGGUUCAGAAAGUCAUCAAUCUCAACUUGAGAUCGUUUUAACGUUUGCGGACUCGGGGGCGGGACACUGACAUCGAGACCAAAACAUUUUGCGCACACACAGAUGGAUACGAAUGGGAUCCUUUUAUUUUAACGACGAUGCACUACAUAUUUUUCUUGAUGAAAAAGAUUUAUAGCAAUAAUCUGAAAACUAGCCAACUUGCGAGUUCUUAAAGUUAAAGAACGCACAACUGUCACGUGCAGUGUUUUUUUUUUUUUUUUUUUUUUAGGCUCUAGAUUUUUCAUAAAAAAAAAAAACAAUUUCUUGUAAUUGUUGAAGAAAUUGGCACCACAGCUGGAUGUGGGCUCACUGCCUGGUAGCAUGCUAGCAUAGCGUCGGGUAACUCGCACAGAACACUAUCAAGUCGCGAGCCACCUGUUAGCUGGAAAUCCUCUCGGUUUCUGUAUCGGAUUUCUUUACUCGCUUGUUUUCAUUCAGAAGUUUGGUACCGAAUGUGCUGCUGUAAUGUCCAAACACGAAGAAACGAUUCAGUUCGAGUGAAGUUUGUAAAAUGGAAUUGUCGGAGCGUAAAUCGGUGGCGUGUCCGAAACCGCGUGCUUCGUUUCUGAAGUGUGAAUCCGAGACCUUUUGAGCUUUUCUUAACUGACCAACUACGACUUUUUAAAUACAAAAUACAACCUGAUGCUUUUAAAAUAUUUAACUGCGUAAGAGAAAAGAAUAAUCUGUUUUUUAAUCAAACUGACCCUGACUUUUUUACAGUUUUUAUUGCUUUCAGUGAAGUGUUUUGCAUGAAGUUUCUAGAAUUUUCCAUGAUGAUGAUUGAUUUUGAUUUUUUAACUUUGCCGUAGUAAGAUAUAUAUGUAAUUAUGGCCGGGAAACCACUACAGCUUGCGCCAGUUACAGUGGUCCCAUUGUACCGAAUCUGCGUCUCUUUGGUCUGUAGAGGAAACCCACACAGACACGGGGAGAACAUGCAAACUCCACACAGAAAGGCCCCUGUCGGCCGUGAGGUUCGAACCCGGAACCUUCUUGCUGUGAGGCGACCGUGCCACCAGGUGAUUUCACUUGGGCCUUUGUUUUGUUGAAGGUUUGCGCUCACCUUUUGUGCGUUUGUGACUCGGAUCAGGAAAAAAAAACCUGUGACUCAGAUCAGGAGCAUUCCAGAUUAUUUGGGUUACAUAGUUCUGAUUGAAUGUAUUUAUAUAACCGGCUACGAAACAAUUAUUACUUGUUAGCGACACUGACACACAUGGAUCCUGAGGUAUGUUAAGCUAAAAGUUUGUUCAAUAACAUUGUAAUUGAAUAUCACUGUCACUCUAUAUAAUUAAUAAUAAUACCAGCAAAGUAAAUAAAAAUUUACCAGUUGUCUGUGA